GACACUUCUGAGAGAAGCUAAUGUUCAGCAUGUCUGAAAAGGAGCUGGGGAAAAAGUGGGACCGGUGCCUGGCAGACGGUGCCAUUAAACUCGGCACUGGGCUGGGGUUAGGAAUCGUCUUUUCUGUUCUGUUCUUCAAACGGCACGCUUGGCCAAUUUCAUUCGGCUCAGGGACGGGACUUGGCAUGGCGUACGCAAACUGUCAGAACGACCUGAGAUCACAUUACAUGCUACACAGAAGUGAAAAGGAGCAAUAGCUGCAAGUCAUCAAGGGACUGUCAUUUUUAUUUUUUUACUUUUUUUUUUUUGUUGGUUUGAGAGUCAGCAUUUGCACUGUUCUACAGUUAGAUCCUUGUGUCCCUGUUGAAUGAUCCACCCUAAUAUGACUCUGUAUGAUUUGUAUGUGCCUGAUCAGGACAGUCUGUGUAUAUUUAAUAAAAUAAUCAUGACAACAAAA